AUGCUACAGAAAAUCAUCACCAAGUCGCCGCUGAGAUUGCUCACUCCGACAUCAAGACGCGUGUCGGCCGCGUCGGGUAAAACAAACGCGCUCAAUCUCUCAACGCGUCUCAGUACCGCCUCGCCACACACCGCAACUUCCAAGACGACCGCUCGUAAAGAUACAGUAGAAACGAAAUCGCCCGCCAAUGCCAAUGCACAGUCGGAAAAGAGGAAGAAGACUAUAGCAGAGCAGGAUGAGGAGCUUCGAUUGAAGCUCGAGGGCAUCUCAGGAGACGGCGGCGCAUCUGGGGUUGAGUACGAAGGCGGAAAGGCCGAAGGAUUGAAAAGAGGUGUCAAAGAAAACAUGUUCCGGGUCAUAUAA